AGAAAAUGGCAUUUCGGAUAAAUCGCCCGAAAUCUGUGAUGCUACCCCCUUUGGAAUCAGCCAAAAUUUGACCCAGAAUAAAUCCGCCCAAAUCGGUGCUUAAGGGACUCAAUCAUCGUUGGAGAAUAGCCUCAGGCCGAAUCCGUGAUCUGUAGCCUCGAUUUGGGCCAAUUUAUUUUCGGAUGGCAUUUUCGUAAUUUCUUGGGCGACGAAAGGCCAUUUUCUUUGGAUAUUGAAGGCUACAGAUCACGGAUUUGGCCUGAGGCUAUUCUCCAACGAUGAUUGAGUCCAUUAAGCACCGAUUUGGGCGGAUUUAUUCCGGGUCAAUUUUUGGCAGAUUCCAAAGGGGUACCAUCACAGAUUUCAGGCGAUUUAUCCGAAAUGCCAUUUUCUUUCGAUUCUGGAGGCUACAGAUCACGGAAUCAGGCCGAGGCUAUUCUCCACCGAUAAUGAAGUCUAUUGAUCCUAUUCUCCACGGAUGAUAAGUCCAUUAAGCAUCGAUUUGGGCCAAUUUAUUUUCGGAUGGUAUUUUCGUAAUUUCUUGGGCGACGAAAAGCCAUUUUCUUUGGAUAUUGAAGGCUACAGACCACGGAUUCGGCCUGAGGCUAUUCUCCAACUAUGAUUGAGUCCAUUAAGCACCGAUUUGGGAGGAUUUAUUCCGGGUCAAUUUUUGGCAAAUUCCAAAGGGGUACCAUCACAGAUUUUGGGCGAUUUAUUCGAAAUGCCAUUUUCUUUCGAUUCUGGAGGCUACAGAUCACGGAAUCAGGCUGAGGCUAUUCUCCACCGAUAAUGAAGUCUAUUGAUCCUAUUCUCCACGGAUGAUAAGUCCGUUAAGCAUCGAUUUGGGCCAAUUUAUUUUCGGAUGGCAUUUUCGUAAUUUCUUGGGCGACGAAAGGCCAUUUUCUUUGGAUAUUGAAGGUUACAGAUCACGGAUUCGGCCUGAGGCUAUUCUCCAACGAUGAUUGAGUCCAUUAAGCACGGAUUUGGGCGGAUUUAUUCCGGGUCAAUUUUUGGCAGAUUCCAAAGGGGUACCAUCACAGAUUUCAGGCGAUUUAUCCGAAAUGCCAUUUUCUUUCGAUUCUGGAGGCUACAGAUCACGGAAUCAGGCCGAGGCUAUUCUCCACCGAAAAUGAAGUAUAUUGAUCCUAUUCUCCACGGAUGAUAAGUCCGUUAAGCAUCGAUUUGGGCCAAUUUAAUUUCGGAUGGCAUUUUCGUCGCCCAAGAAAUUACGAAAUUUGGCGCCUUUGCUGUGGUCCAGAUACUUCCUCAAGUACGGGUUACAGUGGGGUAACCCGGCCGACUCCGCUUAAAAAAAAACAUCCAGGAAAAAAUUAAACAUGUUCUAAUAAGUAAGAAAAACGAAACAUAGAAAAAAUAAAUAAAAAAAUAUAGGAGUUUUCGCACUCAUAGAUUAUAUACGGUUGAUUGAAAGCUUUGAUAUGUGGAUGGUGCCAUAAAUGAACCAUGUCUUUUGAUUAAUAAAGACGAGCAAGUUCCAUAAAUGAAAAAAAAACAUAAUCAUCUAACUGAUAUGUUAAUCUUGUUAAUGCGUGCCCUUGCGUUAAUACAAUUAAUCAAAUGUGCGGAGAAAUGUAACAGUAAUACUAAUAAAUUUCGAAUGAGAAUAAGAGAAAACGACAUUUUUUAACUUUCAAGGAGAAAACAUUAGUCGAGAUAGAACAUUUGAGUAUAAAUACCAAGCUCUCACACAAGAAGAGCAACAAACAAAAAAAGGUGAAGAGAACAUUUACAAGCCAACAAUAUACAAUUUCUCGACAAGAGGACAAAGUCUAAAAAAUGACGAAGCGGUCACCUUUAGCGGCGAUGCUUGUCCUCAUGAUAAGCGUCCUUAUAUCCGUGAAGCCGGUAGCAUCGUCGUGUUACAAAUAUUACUAUGGCCCAGCUUAUCCGAUGUCUCACCAGGAGGUGCAAUUGGAGAAAAAUCAACGGCUCGCUCGGUUUGCGGUGGAUGAGCACAAUAAAGUGCUCUCAGGUGCUCAACGGUUGAAGCUGGUCAGCGUAGAGGAUGGUGCUUAAUACCGCGUAUCACCUACUAUGGAUUUUAAAAGUCUCAAUAUUAUCGCAUCCAACAGCUUCGGCCAAGCCAAGUACAGGGCCUUCGUCACGGAGGCCUUCAUGAACUAUGAUGAACUUAGCCUUAACUGCUUCGAGAAAAUUUAUGUUUGAGCUGAGCAUCAUACUAAAUUUGUAUACACAAUAACUUCUAUUGUACGUACACCCGUUGGAUUUCAAAAUCAUGGUGAUGUUCUCAUCGUGAGAGAACUUUGAUGUCUAUGUUAUAUGACAAGAGCACAAAAGACUCGGUUAACCAGAUGAAUAUGAGGUUUGUUUACAAGUAUGGCCAACUAACAAAAUUGAAAAUGGUUUUAUUAUAAAAGUAACCACUCUAAACCAAGUAUGAAAGAAUGGCGGAUCGGAAUUAAAUUUGAACGGGAUUGAAUCAAACCAAAUGAACAAAAUCUUGAUUCAAUCCAAUUUUAGAGUGAAUCGACCGAUGCCCAUACGACGGAUAUUGACCUAGUUGGUUGCCAUUCCAUUUUACUUUCAUUCUUAAUGGUCAUAUGACAAUCCUUAUGGAGGAUUUUCACAAUAAAUUAUGAAGGGCUUAACAAGUUGUAUUGUCUGCGGGAAACCAAGACUCUUGAUUCGACGGUUUUCAUUUCAAUAGUGGUAGAUAGAGCAUGCAGUUACGUACAUUGGAAAUAAAGAAGCCACCAACACAACUACUUAGAGUCCAACAACGUAAACUAAACAUAGAAAGUCACAUCAGUCCUCGCGUCAAAUCAUACAAACUAGAACAAAGAAACUAACAGCAAAUGGCAACCAGAGUUGCUGCCGGAUUCUACCCGCAGCAUCCGAUUUCAAGCCUGUGGAGUUGGGGUUGGCACAGUCCAAAUCGUGAUGGAUCCAGGGUAUGACCUUCCUCGCGAUAAGCUGGUAGGCAUGGCCGGUGAAGUGGAAAUUGUCAAACCAGAUAUAAUUCCAUGGAUCCUUGCAAUAUGGAACAUCGGGUUGUCCACACUCUUCGUGAUCCUUGAUUCCACAGCAUCGCCGGUAGCUGUUGUGCUUCAGCCCUGCAUCAAACAUAAACAGUGUUUGUGGGUUUUCUCCGAUUUUGGUUCUAUAUUGUGGAAGGCCUCCGCCAUUGUUGAGAAGCUCAAAGAAUUGGGAGCCACCGUGGUAUUGGAAUAAUCAUUACUCUUUCCUGACGUAAUUUUGUUUGUGGGUUUUCUCCGAUUUUGGUUCUAUAUUGUGGAAGGGGUGUUGGAAAAGGAACCAUGAUUGAGAUGCUAAGACAUGAACGAGCUAUAGGCGCUCUGAAAUGUUGAAACUUUAAUGGAUGUGCCACCAGGUUGAUCUGGGGAUAUUGCUGGCUCUGUUUGGAAGGUAUUUUAGAGCAAAAGAAUGGCUGCCAUAACCAUGUUGAAGAUGGCAAAAUGCAUGGCUGCAACUUAUGGAACAUCCAUAGUAUAAUGCAUAACCAUUUUGUAUAUUGGGCAUUACCCUGAAAUGGUAUGAACUAUGAAGCAGCAUAUGUAACUGCAACGUUGACGAGCAUCUGGUUGAAUGUUUAAGAUUACCUCGAACUUUAUUAGUGCUUCACAAAGGUAUUUUCCCGGCUAAUGUUUCAAUUCAUAAAUUUGUAUGUUUUCG